UACUUUUGCAUUCCAAAAUUUAGUAUUAAUUAAUUGAUUAAAUUACUUACUGUAAAUGUUCUGUGUAAAAUUUACAUUUGCAUAAACUUUUCCUGUGAUAAGUACUUUAAAGAUAGGUCCUCCAAGUGAAUAUGUACACAGGGUACACGCCUACGGCAUGAUGUCAAGAAUCUCCAGAUUGAAUUGAAACAAUUUUGCAAAUUUGUAGUUUUGCGAAAUCGUAUGGCGCUGCUGAAAUUAGGAUAAGAUUACUACUUCACUGGGCACUGCACAACUUAUCGACACCACUGCCAACAAAAUUGCCUCAUGUUCUCCACAAGUCUGAUGAUUACAAACAUUCGGAGGUAGCAGACUGGAAAAUCCCUGUUAAAAAAUGAUUGAGAGCGCGUCCCCUUGGGUCCAGGCGUUCUUGGGAACGUUGCUGACAUGGUUCUUGACUGCGCUGGGGGCUUCCGGCGUAUUUGUUUUGACUGGGAUUACAGGGUCCAAUCAGCGGAAGAUUCUCUCGUCUAGCCUUGGAUUUGCGGCAGGGGUCAUGCUAGCCGCCUCAUUUUGGUCUCUCCUUGCGCCCGCUGUUGAACUGACCAAGUCGAGUGACGUUUUCGGUGGCAACGCCUUUUUAGAAGUUAUUCCUGUGACGAUCGGUUUUCUGUUGGGAGCACUAUUUGUAUAUGUGGCGGAUCGUAUUUUAGACUCGAUGGGGGUAGCUAGUCCAGCGGUGGCUUUAGCUGUUGCGACAGAACGGUAUGGAAUUAACCCGUUCCAAGUCCAGAAUGGAUUUCACAAUGACCAUAGAACGCCACCAGACUAUUCGGGGAUAAUGGAAUCAGGAAAUCAGUCACAGUAUCAAAUUGACACUACAACUAUGAAUAGUAAAACUAAUAAUACUGCAGCUACCUCGAACGCACAAUGGAAGAGAAUUCUCCUCCUAAUUGUGGCAAUCACGGUGCACAACAUUCCAGAAGGGUUGGCUGUGGGGGUGGGAUUUGGUGCUAUAGGAAAAUCACCGCUCGCUACGUUUGAAAGUGCUAGGACGUUAUGCAUAGGAAUUGGAAUUCAAAACUUUCCUGAAGGGUUGGCUGUAAGCUUGCCUCUCGUAGCAAGUGGAUUUUCCACGUUUAAAGCUUUCUGGUACGGUCAAUUGAGCGGAAUGGUAGAACCAAUAGCUGGGGUUCUAGGCGCAGUUUUGGUCACGGUGCUGGAACCAGUGUUACCCUGGGCUCUCGCGUUUGCUGCUGGUGCGAUGGUUUACGUCGUGAUAAGUGAUAUCAUUCCAGAGGCUCAUCAAGGGGGUUUUGAGAAAUUAGCAAAUUGGUCGGCCAUGGUCGGCUUCGUGGUUAUGAUGUGUUUAGAUGUUGGACUCGGUUGACACAGACUUUCCAAAUUUUUAGGCCUUAUAAUUAUUUUACGACUCGUAAUUUCCAACGACUUUACUAUUAACUCGGGUUUACAAUUUUAUAAUGAUAUUAUUAUUAUGAUGAUAAACUUAUAUUUAAUUAAGAGAAAUAUAUAUCUAAGCAUUUUA